AUGUCGAUGGUCCAUGUCUUCGACGUCCGAGACUACAAGAAUGCCAUAGACAAUGGAGGCAUCCUAUACAUAGGACGGGACCGGUUCGACACCUCGCGAGCUCUGCAGUUCGCCUUGAUGAAGAAUGGGCGAAAGAUCAUGGUACAAGUGCAGUACACGGGCCCGCUAGAUACCGAGACUCCAGGCAUGACCCCCGGAAGAUGGGAGUAUCUGACGGAGCUGGAGUUCGAGGUCGUGAUGUCCAUGUUACCGCAAAUCGAGUUCGACCGCGUGUCGGCGAACUGGGUAUAUGUGGUCCGGGACCGCAACGGGUACUACCUAGUGUACCGAGACAGGAAACGGGCAGAGAUUGUUACAGAUCACUGGGCGCAAUUAGUUGACGAGAAGGAGAUCGAAGUCCACCGCUACUUCAGCUACGACGAGGGCGAAGGCGUGUGGCGCGGGCAGAACGUGCGCUUCCGCUACGCGUGGUGCAACCACCACAGUGGGGUCCAGGACCUGCUCUCGGAAUACGCCGCGUACUUCAUGCUGCGCAACCUGGAUCUCACGUUCAAAGUUCUCGCCUUGGUCACCAUCGAGGGCAGGGUGACUGGCUGGAUGUGGGAGCGCCCGCAUGGGCGAACUGUGCAGUACCGCGACCGCUCGCUGGUGUACGAUGCCGUUGCAAAAAUCCAGCGCAAUGGCCUUCUCUACUAUAGCAUGCGCGCGCACAACAUUAUUAUUACCGACGACGGAAAAGUGCGCUUCAUCUAUCUGGACUAUAGCAUAGCCUACUUUGAGCCUCACGAGCUUGAAGAGCUGGAACGCAGAGCGGAGGAGUACCACUGGAAGGCACUCCAGGAUAUCUUCGACCAGCUGAAGGACGUCCCGGAGCACAUGGAACAUCACCUCCAGUCCAUAUCCGAUACUCACCUCAUCUUCCCUAAUGCCCGCUGUAGACCUUCCCUGACGUCAUACUAUGAGAAAGAACUGCUACCGUGGUUAAAUUAUGUGCAAAUACUGCACAGGGCGAUGCGGAAGUAUGCUGCAGAGCUCACUAUCAAGUCUCAAGCAAAGAAGGUUGCCAAGCACAAGCAGCGACUCCUCCUCGCAAAUACCGAAGGAGAUCUAGACGCGUCGGAGGACAGACCACUCAUCGUCUCCCGACGCAAGCCGGGGAUGCUCUCUGUCGGGAUACCUGACCGACAGACCAUACUGAAGAGCAAGCCGGUCGCCCUCAAGCCCAAGGCGAAGAAGAAGUUGCUGGCUCCCACUCUGGAGGAUCUCGUCAAGUACGCGAAGCGCAUGCGAGAUACGGCCGGGCUACAUGACACUGAACCUGGCCGCCUCGAGGAGAUCCUGGAUUAG